AAUGUAACAAAAGGAGUACUCAAAAAAAAGAAACAAAUAUUCAGAUUCAGAAGGAUACUUUUAGAAAACUAGUAAUGGAAUUGGCUAUAAAAAUAAUUACAACCCUUAUUUAGAUGAAAGCGUUGAGAAUUAUAAUAAUAAAUAUAGUAAAUCAGAUUAUGAGUUGAAUUGGUAUAAUGGAAAAAAAGAUAGAGAACCUAAUGGUUAAUUAUAAGUAGUUUUAAAUGGGAAUAUAGUAAUGAUAUUGAAACAACAAAUAAAGACAAACCAAAAAAGAUAAAAUAGAAAAUAUAGUGAUUAAGAGACAUAUGCUAUGAGUAAUAGUAUUUCUGGUCCUAAAUUUAGUGAUAUUCCAUGUCCAAAUUUUCUAAAUAUCUGA